AAAGAUGAGGCUUUGAUGCGUCGAAGACAAAGCAGCAUGUCAAUACAGCAAGUAACAAGUAAAUAUCAACUUCUCUCGUGUGUUAAACUUGUCAGUGAAAAUUAGUUCUAUGCGACCGGGUUUUCACCGAGCCUCUGCCGAGAUAUUUCGGCUGCAUGCGGCGCCGGUUUUCACAGAUGCGCCCCUCCGACGCUUGCUCCACUGGGAGGGAGUCUGGGCGCAUGAUGGAGUGACGGCGAUACUCUCUCGGAAAUUGUAAUGCUUCAGCCCGCGGCGGGAAUUAUUAACUGUUGCUGUUUUCUUUUCUUUUCUUUUCUUUUUUUUUUUAAACUGACACGCCUUGUUUUUGGAGAAAACGUCUGGAAAUGUCAAGUUAAUCACCGAAAUAUCUGUCGGAACGAAAUGGGAUAGAAAAGGGGGGAAUUGCGCAACAUUUCCUUGGAAAUGAACCAACUACAGAGAUUUUUUACCUUUUGUCAGAAAAUGUUGGGUUUAACAUUUUCGUCUUCUUGUACUGUUUUUUUUUUCUAUUUUUUUCGCAGCGUGCCCUGUCAACGUGACCAUGAUGGAAAUAAGUGUUCCCAAAUUCCUCUGCGCAUACGGUUUAAACUGCAACUCUGAUCAUUGAUUAUAUCUGAAAUCCAGUUUGCUCCCUAAAGGUGAUUUGAAGCAAAAGUUGGCUGACUGUGCUUGGAUUUUUUUUUCCUCCUUUAUUUUUUCUUUUUUCUCCCGGUUCAGUGAAAAUGUGAGUUUCAGCGCGCACCAGACAGUCGCCAAAGGCAGAACCCAGAUUUUCCACCGGGGGGGAACCGGGCUUUGUACCGCAGCGACGUCCUCACCGUUCUUCUCGCCGAAAUGCCUCUGGGUGCACCGAUUCCGUAAAGACACAAGUGGAUAUUGCUUCUCCAUGGUGUUCAACGACCAGGUGCAUCAGGGAAGGCAAUAUCUGGGCUGUUUUGUGCAGUAAAUGCUGGACACACCUUUUUGAAUGUCCGUCAAGAUUUCAGCGGGGGUACCAUGACGAGUGAGGAGUGUCCUGUGCCGCUGAGGAGUAUCUCCUCAGCACGGCCAGGGCAGAGCGAGGAAUACGGCUCAGCGCACAUAGAUGACAUCAUUGAGGAAGUAGGUCCUGGCGACGACGACGACGUCAGCAUCGGCAGCGACUUAAGCACGCUUGUGUUGCCCUUCCCCGAGUUGGCGCCCGUGGUCUUCUUCUGCCUCAAGCAGACGACCUGUCCUCGCAACUGGUGCAUUCGCAUGGUCUCCAGCCCGUGGUUCGAGAGGAUUAGCAUCAUGGUGAUCCUGCUCAACUGCGUGACGCUUGGCAUGUACCAGCCCUGCGAGAACAUCGACUGCACCUCGGACCGCUGUCAGAUACUCCAGGCCUUCGAUGCAUUUAUCUACAUCUUCUUUGCAUUGGAGAUGGUGGUAAAGAUGGUGGCUCUUGGGAUUUUUGGCCGUCGCUGUUACUUGGGAGACACUUGGAACAGGCUGGAUUUUUUCAUCGUCAUGGCUGGGAUGGUGGAGUACUCCCUGGACCUGCAAAACAUCAACUUGUCUGCCAUUCGCACGGUUCGGGUUCUUCGGCCCUUGAAAGCCAUCAACAGAGUCCCAAGUAUGCGCAUUCUGGUGAACCUGCUGCUAGACACUCUCCCCAUGCUGGGCAAUGUGCUGCUUCUCUGCUUCUUCGUCUUCUUCAUCUUCGGCAUCAUCGGCGUGCAGUUAUGGGCGGGACUCCUGAGGAACCGAUGCUACCCCGAGGAGAACUUCACCGUACCUUCAGGCAUGACUCUGCCGGCUCCCUACUACCGACCAGAAGAGGAUGACGAGCGGCCCUUCAUCUGUUCCCUGGCUUCUGAUAACGGCAUCAUGUCAUGCUCCGAUGUACCGGCGAGGCGGGAAGGAGGACGAAUAUGUUGCCUGGAUAAGGAAGACGCUCUGCACAGACAGUCUCUGGGCCUGAGUCCUGAGCCGCUGUCGAAUGGCAGCGGCGCUGGUGAAGCUCUGGGUCUGUGCAUCAACUGGAACCAGUAUUACACACGGUGCCAUACUGGCAGCACUAACCCCCACAAAGGAGCAAUCAACUUUGACAACAUUGUGUAUGCCUGGAUCGUCAUUUUCCAGGUGAUAACGUUAGAGGGCUGGGUGGAGAUCAUGUAUUAUGUGAUGGAUGCUCACUCCUUUUACAACUUCAUCUACUUCAUCCUUCUCAUCAUUAUUGGUUCAUUCUUCAUGAUCAACCUGUGCCUGGUGGUCAUCGCCACCCAAUUCUCAGAGACCAAACAGCGGGAGCACCAGCUGAUGCAGGAGCAAAGAGCGCAGUGCCUGUCCUCUUCCACCUUAGCCAGCAUGGCUGAGCCAGGAGACUGCUACGAAGAGCUCUUCCAGCUGGUCUGUCACGUCCUUCGCAAGGCCAAGAGGAGAUCAGCAGCUCUCUACUACACUCUGAGAGGCAAGCCCGCUCCGGCGAGUGUAGGCAGGGGCAAUAGGCGAGGGGGAGGGAAUGUCAACGGAGAUCGGCAUCAUUUGAGGCAUCACAGAUCACCCAAAUGUCCACACCAUGGCAAGCAGAACCAUGACUCCCAAGCUCAAGCUAACUCCAUCAGCCUGACUGUCCAGAGCCCCGAGGAGUGCCCUAUCUGUUUGAAAGAAGGUUCGAGGUCCGCGGGACAGGAGAACGGGGAAGAAAACGAAGAGGACGCCGUGAAGGAAACAGACAAAGAGGAGAACCACUUAGAGGAGAAGAAAAACGAGGAGAGGAGGCGAAGGAGGACGUGUUUUGGACGUUGUAGGGACCUCUGGAAGGAUAUGAGAAGGAGACUUUGGGGUAUUGUGGAGAGCAAGUACUUCAGCAGGGGCAUUAUGAUUGCAAUUCUUAUCAACACCAUCAGCAUGGGCAUUGAACACCACAACCAGCCUGAGGAACUGACCAAUGUCCUGGAAAUCUGCAACAUUGUCUUCACCAGCAUGUUUACCCUGGAGAUGAUCCUAAAGCUCACAGCUUUUGGCUUUUUUGAGUACUUGAGGAACCCAUACAACAUCUUCGAUGGCAUUAUUGUCAUCAUCAGUGUGUGUGAGAUCAUUGGUCAGGCAGAUGGUGGUCUGUCAGUGCUGAGGACGUUCAGGCUGCUGAGGGUCAUUAAGCUGGUGAGGUUCAUGCCUGCACUGAGACGGCAGCUUGUGGUCCUGAUGAAGACCAUGGACAACGUGGCCACCUUCUGCAUGCUGCUCAUGCUCUUCAUAUUCAUCUUCAGUAUCUUGGGGAUGCAUAUAUUUGGCUGUAAGUUCAGUUUGAAGACAGAGGCAGGAGAUACGGUUCCCGACAGGAAGAACUUUGACUCCUUGCUUUGGGCCAUCGUCACUGUGUUUCAGAUUCUAACUCAGGAGGACUGGAACAUGGUUCUCUACAACGGCAUGGCGUCCACCUCUCCCUGCGCUGCUCUUUACUUCGUCGCCCUUAUGACAUUUGGAAACUACGUGCUCUUCAAUUUACUCGUUGCCAUCUUGGUCGAAGGUUUUCAGGCAGAGGGCGACGCAAAUCGCUCCUAUUCGGAUGACGACAGGUCCUCCUGUAAUUUUGACGAAAAUGAUAAGCAAAAAGACUCCCUUCACCUCUCAGACCCAAAGAUCUGCACCCUGACCCCUAAUGGACACCUGGACAUGUCAUUGUUGCCUGCUGGUCUGUUUCCAGGAGAGAAGUUGACCUUUGCACUCGGCUCCAGAAAGAACAGUGUUAUUUCUCUGGGCAGAGCUGACCUGGAGAGGAGGGCUGCGUAUCCAGGUCGAGGUUACCACAACUGGGGCCGUCCGCUGCCUCCCCAGCCUCACCCCCUGUGGGCCCGUCGCUCCAGCUGGAGCAGCCUUGGGGGCCGACCCUGCUCCUCCUCAUCUCCCUCUGCCAGCCCGGCCAUAACGCCUACAUCUGCAAGGCCCUUUUACGGCUACGGUCUCGGGGGUCUUGGAGGCGUGGUAGGGGGAAGCCUCCGUAUCCGCGGCCCUCGCGCGUCCUCGUCUCCCCACCAUCACAUCCAACCUGAUGAAGAGGAGUCCCUCCUCUCUCCGCCUGCUGCCGCUCCUCAUUGUCUUCAGCUGCCGCAUCCGAAGCUCCACGACUAUUUUGCACCUCGUAGGGACCGCAGAGCUCUCUCCCUGGAGCUCCCCCACAUGCUCCAGUCUCCGGCUGGGAACCCACAGCAACAUCAUCCUCUCCCUCCCGUGAAACUCCAUGCUCACCACAGGAAGAAGAGCCUCUCUGGAGGCCUUGUGAUCAGCACCGGUGGGGACUUGGAGGGAAUCCACCAGGACUGCAACGGGAAGACGCCGCUGUCGCACCUGCUCCUCCCACCCUCAAGGCGGCAGCCGGAGCAGACCGGAGGGGUGAACCUCCAGAGCCACCUGAUGACGGAUGUCUUCCCCCAGGUCAACACACGCAGCAAGGACAGGGAGGACCUGGACGACGACAUCGAAUAUAGCUUAUGCUUCAGAAUCCAGAAGAUGUUGGAGGCAUACAGACCAGACUGGUGUGAGACGAGAGAAGACUGGUCCAUCUUUCUCUUCUCCCCACAGAACAAGUUCAGACAGAUGUGCCAGUCCAUCAUCGCCCAUAAGCUGUUUGACUAUGUUGUGUUGGCCUUCAUCUUCUCCAACUGCAUCACAGUGGCUCUUGAGAGGCCAAAGAUCCUUCAAGGCAGCUUGGAAAGAGUCUUUCUCACCAUUUCCAACUACAUCUUUACUGCCAUCUUUGUGGGCGAGAUGACUCUCAAGGUGGUUUCCAUGGGUCUGUAUGUCGGCGAACAGGCUUAUCUGCGGAGCAGCUGGAACGUUCUGGAUGGAUUCCUGGUUUUCGUGUCGUUGAUUGAUAUUGUUGUGUCCAUGGCGGGAGGGGCAAAAAUCUUGGGCGUGCUCAGAGUACUGAGAUUGCUCCGAACGUUGCGUCCGCUCAGAGUGAUCAGCAGAGCUCCAGGACUGAAGCUGGUGGUGGAGACGCUCAUCACUUCCCUAAAGCCUAUCGGCAACAUCGUCCUCAUCUGUUGUGCAUUCUUUAUCAUCUUUGGUAUCCUUGGCGUACAGCUUUUUAAAGGCAAAUUUUUCUACUGUCUCGGCCCUGAUGUCAAAAACAUCACCAACAAGUCAGAUUGUCUGGACAAAAAGUACAAGUGGGUCCACCAUAAGUACAACUUUGAUAAUUUAGGACAGGCUCUGAUGUCACUGUUCGUACUUGCCUCCAAAGACGGCUGGGUAAAUAUCAUGUACCACGGCCUGGAUGCAGUGGGUGUUGACCAACAGCCGAUAACCAACAACAACCCAUGGAUGCUCCUGUAUUUCAUCUCCUUCCUCCUCAUCGUCAGCUUCUUCGUCCUCAACAUGUUCGUCGGCGUGGUGGUGGAAAACUUCCACAAGUGUCGCCAGCAUCAGGAAGUGGAGGAGGCCAAGAGACGCGAGGAGAAGCGACAACGGCGGAUGGAAAAAAAGAGGAGGAAAGCUCAGAAGCUGCCUUACUACUCCAGCUACGGCAACAUGCGCCUGAUGAUCCACACGCUCUGCACCAACCACUACCUGGACCUCAUCAUCACCUUCAUCAUCUGUAUAAAUGUCAUCACGAUGUCGUUAGAGCACUACAACCAACCUCACUCGCUGGAUCUUGCACUCAAGUACUGCAACUAUUUCUUUACCUCCACAUUUGUGCUGGAGUCCAUUCUCAAGCUCAUCGCAUUUGGAUUCCGGCGCUUCUUCAAAGACAGGUGGAAUCAGCUGGACCUCGCCAUUGUUCUCCUGUCGGUAAUGGGCAUCACUCUGGAGGAAAUUGAGAUCAGCGCCGCCCUGCCCAUCAACCCCACUAUCAUCAGAAUCAUGAGGGUUCUGAGGAUAGCACGAGUGCUGAAGCUGCUGAAGAUGGCGACCGGGAUGAGAGCCUUAUUGGAUACAGUUGUUCAAGCCCUGCCUCAGGUGGGUAACCUGGGCCUGCUCUUCAUGCUGCUGUUUUUCAUCUACGCCGCCUUAGGAGUAGAGCUUUUUGGAGAACUUGUUUGCAAUGAAGACUAUCCGUGUGAAGGUAUGAGUCGUCACGCUACCUUUGAAAACUUUGGCAUGGCCUUCCUGACCUUGUUUCAAGUCUCCACGGGCGACAACUGGAACGGCAUCAUGAAGGACACAUUGCGGGAGUGCCCACCAAACCAUGACUCCGGUGUGGACUAUGGCUGCAAUCCGAGCCUUCAGUUUAUCUCGCCCAUGUAUUUUGUCUCCUUUGUGCUCACCGCCCAGUUUGUGCUCAUCAAUGUGGUGGUGGCCGUGCUGAUGAAGCACCUGGACGACUCCAACAAGGAGGCCCAAGAGGAGGCGGAGAUGGAUGCAGAAAUUGAGCUGGAGCUGGCCCAGGGCACCCUCUGUUGCAUGGGCGCCCCCAGUUGUGGGGGUCUGGGGGUUGACAAAGGACUUUUGACUGUUGGAUCGGGGCUUGGAGCUGCGCCAGGCAGAAGGGAGAGGGGCGGAGGUGCCAGAGGCGAGACGGGGGAAGGAGGGAGGAGGUUGCGACAUCCUGUAACAAACCAGGGACCUUACAAUUCCUGUGACUCUCCUCAGUCGUAUUCGCCAGCACAAGAGAGCCAGUGGUUGGACAGCGUAUCUCUCCUAAUCAAGGAUACAAUAGAUGGGGAGAUGCUGAUGAUCGACAACCUCUCCGGCUCCGUCUUCCACCAUUACUCCUCUCCGCCUGUCUGCAAAGACUGCAAGGGCCACCCGCAAGAGCAGAUCAGAAUGGCAGAGAUUGAGCAGGCAUCACUGAAGUCGGAGCCACUCUCGGAUAAGUCCUCGUCUCCUGCUCUCCCUGAUGACCUGAGCCUGGACGAACACACCAGCUACAUACUGCUGAUGCAAGACGGGAAGGGAAGGUGCAGCAGCAGCUCCCAUAACUCUGAUGAGGCCGGUGGUGGAGGAGGCGGCCAUGGAGGUGGCCGUCAGACUGAGGAACAAGGUCAAGGUCAGGGGGCGUCCCUGCAAUGCAGGGCUUCCGGCUCGGACACAGAGACUGAGACUGAACUGCAAGAGAUGGAAAUGCAAACAUACCACACAAAGAUGUGCUCACCUCUCUGCUCCCCUGGUGGGAUUUCCAGCAUCAGCAGCAAGGAAAGAGGCAAAGGAGACGAGGAAAAGGGGGCCAGUGGCAUUUCUACCCUCUUUCAUCUGCCUGCUGAGUUUUUCCACUCCGCAGGAGCAGCCAUUCCGGUACCUUCGCGCAGUCGGAGCCUGCAUUUGUCAAGAGGCCUCAGGCUGACCUCCCCAGCCUCUUGGGUCUCUUUCCGCUCUCCUGGAGCCCCUCGAAAGAUGCUCUGUGCACAAUACCCAUCCCACAGUGACUCGUCCCUUGCCACUGGCAGCUCUGAAGGCAGCCUCCAGACAACCCUGGAAGAAGGACUGAGCUUCAGUGUUUCUCCAUYGCAGAACCUGGAAUUGCCAAUCCCAACAGCUUCCUUAUCACCCAUGUGCCCUAUCUCGCAGCCUGAAGACAGAAUUACUAUUUCCUCUCCAGUUCAGGCCCUAAAGCCUAGGGUGAACCCUCCAUCUUCUGUAACCCUUCUGGCCACCAGGGGACACCAACGGAGCCAGAGCAGUGGACGAGGCAGCACAAGCCCCGGCUACAACCGCGACGACUCCAUUGACCCCUCAGAUGAAGACUUGGGCAUAGGCAUUGGCUCGUCUAUCGGUGGCUGUGGCUCCAGCCAAGCUGGCAACAGUGAACAUUUAUCAGAGGCGCUGAGCAGCGUGUCACUGACAUCUUUGCUGCCGCCUAGCACCAUCCUAUGCCCUGGAGGACAAGUAAAGAAGUGCAACAGCACAGGUAGCCUUGACAAGGGGGGUCUUCUGCUGUCUUCCCGGUGCAGGGAAGGCCACAGGGAAAUUAUGGGAAUGGAGCUAAUGGACCCCCAGGGCUUUUUGGCCAACCCUUGGACAGGAGUACUAGGUGACAGCAGAAGAGGAGAGGGAACUGGAGUAAUAAAAGAUGCAGAGCACAGCUUGAAAGGGAAGAGCUCAAGCCAAACAACAGUGGGGUCUUGUCGAAAAAAUAGAUGAAACCUACUGUUUCGUUUUUCUUCGUCUUUCCAUUUCUUGGAACUAAACCCAUUGCCGUUCCUCUCACUCUCUCUGCUUCAUCAGUGAGACAGAGGUCUGAUGAAACAUGAUGCUCGGUAUUUCAACACCAAAUCCUCAUCUUGCCCCUCAGCUUUUUUAUAUACAUUUUUGACAAUUCCUGUAUGUGCUAUCUAGGGGAGUGGCCUUGGUUGUGGUUGAUGUUUGCAGAAUUGGCUCGUAGAGUACACACCCAUGGGCAGAGGAGUGGCUCCUCUGCUGUCUUAGGAGAUGUGUUCCUGCAGGAUCCGAUGGGACGUUGUGCUCACGCUGAAAAACAGCAGUGCUUGUUUACAACAGGAAGUCAGUCGAGGAGGAUGUUAGGGAGCUAAACCUUUAAGAUGCAAUAGCGAGUUAGUGUUGCUCUGAAGCAGUUUCCUCCUCUCUCUAAUGGGUUGAAGUUUAUUGGGGUUGAAAAUAAGAAAUCCAAUCCAUUUCAAGAGACUCUGUUUAAAACUGUUUGUGUCUCAAAGACAGGGCUAAAUUUAGGCUUGUGGAGGACCUACUGGGAUGGAAUACAUCAAGGUGGAAACUAAGGCUGGGAAAGGGAGGGCAGAUGUAAUAUCUGCCUUUCUUGGCAGACCUUCGGCUUAGAUCCGACGUAAAUGUGAGGAUGAUGGAAAGUUCAGUGUGGUUCGGUCCGGGUCUGUGUUUGUGUUCCCGAGCACUGCCUCAGGUAUCCAAGGCAUGAAUUAAAUCAUCCUCAUUGCUGGCUGUACCGCAUUUCAGUGUCUCUGAAACCUGACUGUAGGUAUAUCGACAUUGUGUGUCUGUCAACUUGGUCGUCAUGAAAAUGGAAAUAAAUUGAGGGACAGUGGAGGUAAAACUGUGCAUGAAGUGAUUCGUGAAAUUGGUUAUUUUUCAUUCUAUCUCACUCAUAAACAUGGGGGAAUAAGUGUGAAAGAGAGGUGUGGAGAAAGGACUCAAAAUCCUGUCAGAGAGCACCUAAGUGUGUGCAUGAAGCAACUUUUUGUGCACUGAAAUGGAGAUCUGAGGGCACUCCUUUUGACUGCACUCCUUUAUCAGCAUCUUCAAGGAUUCUAAAUGAAAGGACCCUGUCGCAAAGAACCUUGACUGCAUGAUGGGAUUGCAUCUAACCAUGAUUUUUAAAUCUAUAUACAGAUGUGUAAAGAUUUCAAUGUCGGAUGAUAACCAUGUGAUUCCUAUUCCACUAUUUUUGUAGACAAGAGAAUAGGCACGUUUGCGUAUUGCCAUUAGUUUGUCCUUAUUGAAUCCCUGCAGUGUCUUUGACUCGUCUAGGACUUUUUGUCUGCCAGUGGCUUCCAAUUUUGUAAAAAUUUUUUAACUGAGGGCGGUGCGUAAAAUGACAAAGCAAAAAAUUUCAAAGAAAUGUGUGCGCUGAAGUGAUUGUCCCCUGCACAUUUUCCUGUGGGAAUACUUGCUCCUCAAGGACUUUGGGAGUUGUUGUUUUUUUUUGUUUGUUUUUUUUGUCUUGGGUUUCCCAUGAGUUGAAGUCUGUGGACGACCAGAAAUGGGAACAGCCAUAUUCACUCACCACUUGUGGACAUUCUAGCUCACAAACAUGGCUGCAACGUUCUUUGCACGUAGCCUCAUGACUGAAAACAUCUGACAGCAUAAACCAUCACGACAAAAGCUUUAAUUUUAGAGUUACAUCACAACAUAUCGGUUACGGGCACCCUAGUGCACCUUAAGCAUGGUUCUGGGAUUGCAAUACAGUAUGCUACUUUUAUCACAUGAUACUUCGAUGCACUCAUCUGCUCCAUCUCAUUGUAGCAACCCUUUCUAAUUUUAUUGUUUAAUUUUUUUAAAAAUGUGCAAAGUUUUUUUUUUCUCUCUCUCUCUCUCUUUUAAUGAAAACUUAUUUUGGUUUCGGCCACUUAGAGUAUUGCUUCAUUCAAAAAGAGGAUUCUGAUGCCUGAGGUAGACUGUUGUUUUAAAUAAUAACUUUAGUUUGAAUUUUUUCCAAGAAUGAACAAAACAUAGAGGCCAUGUGGGGAAAAUGUGAGGUUUUGACCUCAUUUAUCAUGCAAAAUCACAACGAUGACUAUGUUUUAUCAUGAGUUUGUUUUAGAUGGGCAAGGCAGUUACAUGUGUGAAAGUGUGCGUGUGUGUGUAUGUGUGUGUCUGUGUGUAAAUAACUUCAGGUAAAGUGACUUGCCUUUCCCUGAAGUGUCCUGUUUGUCAGUGAGGAGGAGGAUACUUGUGGUAUAAGGAUGAAGAUGAAAAGGCAAAAGCAACCAAGGGCUGUUUUAGCUUCAAAGAUAUAUUGUCCUAUUAUAUCUUUUUAAGACGAACUGUUGUCAAUGAACAUGGCAUCAAAAGGUUAAGCCUGACAACACAGCAAUAAAUGUUCCAUGUAUGUUCCCUGGGUAAACGAUGUCAAUGUGAUUUUUAUCUCCUCAGAACAACAGAAUUCACCAGUGUCUGUUUCCACUUUUAUUUGUCUGAAACACCCAAUCGGAAAGCACCUCUGCCCUCUCAGAUACCAGUCAAAGAAGAAGAGAUGGGCUCCAAUUGGACAACUUGAACAAAUGAGGUUAUUGAACUCAGGUCGGGGGGUAAAAACCACUAGUAAUAUCUUAUACAAUAGCUGUGAAGUUGUGCUCAGACAGAAUGCAAAGCAGAAUUUAACCUGGUUUGAUUCAGUUUUGACAUUUUGCCCUGUUCCUAUGUGCUUUUAGCAGCCAGAUAUGAGCUGUAACACCACAUUAAAUCUUUGUGCGAACAAAGUGUGCCUUUAUACAUUGUGCGUGCAACAGCUCAUACUGUGUCUGAUUACAAAUGUUUGUCAGUAACUUAAGAUGAUUUUACCACAUUACCCUUAUUCAGUCUUUUUUUCUAAUUAGCUUUAAAAAAAAAAUUUAAAAAUUGACCAGAGCCAUUUUAAAUUUUUCCAAAAAAUCUGGAUAUCUCUAAGGCUAGCUUUAAGAUCCAAAACUAUAUGUACCAACUAAAAAAAAAGAUACCACUGGACACAGUUUAUGCAAACUUUGGAACAAAACAACUCUUAGCAACUUGUUACAAAAUUAAUAUCCAAAUUAUCCAGUACUCAUUAGCCCAGGUCACUGUACAGACAUCAUUGAAGCCUCAUGAAUCACAUGUAAAUCAUUUUUUUCAAAAGAAUCACAAACACAAUACUAAGAGUGUAAAUCGGUACAUGUAUUGCAGCUUAUUAUGUAUGAUUAUUUAUGUGUAGAGUAAUGCUUCCACCUCUCAAAGUUCACCUGUUCUUGUCUGAACCUCAAAUUAUUUUUCAGAAAUAUUCUCUGUAUACACAAAUAAUAAUCAAGGAUCCAUACUCCUGUUCAGCAUUGUCAUCAAUGCCAUCAUGUGAUAGGACUCGAAAGGUGAAAGUCGUCAAAUUUGACAGAAAAGUGACCAUUUUUCUCAUUAAUAUAAGCAGAGGCAGGAGUGAUAAUGAAUUCUUUAGGUAAAGCCAGAUGAUUUUGAUAUAAGAUUUUUUUAUUAUUAUUAUUUAUUUAAAAUGGCAACCCUUAACCAUAGCACAAAGACAGGAUUUUUUUUGGAAAAGUGUAAUUCUCAGUUUUUGACUUUCCUGUAGUUAGGUCUGCUAUUUUUCGGCUCUACUUUGUACUUAAGUCAUAGUCAACCCAGGACCAAAACUGCUUUGCCUUCUGUCCAAACACACUUUCCGAGUGUAUAAUUCACAAUUGUACAUAUUUAUGUAUUUUGAGCUGCAUGUAUGCAUUGCUGCUAAUGAUAAUGGAAAUAUAAUUAGUAUGCAUCUUAAAAGAAAAUGUACAAAGGUAAAAGAAAUGCCCCAAUGUUUUUGACCGCUGCUAUGAAACCACAAAAAAAAAAAAAAAAAAAAAAAAAA